UGGUUUUGUGUAAUUCUAUCUUUAGCUUGGGAGAGAGGUAGAACGAGCGUCUCGAUAUUCGGUCGCAUUGUUCUUGGCGGCGACGACAACAAACCAUGCCAACACCCCACCACAAGGGUCAGCCGGAAUCAUUGGGGCUGCCGAAACUUCGGCCUCCGUCUCCGAAAACAGACACUGCCGACGUCCCCCAUGACGACGACGCGGACAUGCAGACGGUUCGAGUGAGCGAAUCGCAUCCUCGAGAUGACACGGAUACUAGUACCUCAAAUGAGUCCGAGUCGGCCGCGAAUUUGCCUUGCUUGGCUAACGUUACACCGAUGGACACUUCCCCACGAGAGGGUUUAGGUAGCGGGGAGAUCCAGUAUCAAACUCUGCCUCGCCGCCAAAGUUCGAGCUUGAAGGUGUUGCGGCCAGCGUUGCCAUCGACACCCAUGGUGAUGCUGCAGCGCACGAAAACGCUGGGGAGUCUCCAUGCGGACAAAAUGCUCACUCGUCUGGGCGUGACGUUUGAGACGAUGCGAUUGGAAAAAGGCAUGAAGAAGCUUGGGAUUUGCGACCACGACAUUGAAGCCAGCAUUGAGAGUACGAUAUACGCCCCUGCAUGGCUUACUUGUGAUUGCAUAUUCCAAAUGUGGUGUUUUGUGAUGAUGUACACGUAUGUAUAUAUGUUGCAGUUCGCCGACACUGCGGCGUGGUUCUGAACGACUUAAUGUCCAAAGAAGAAUUACUGCUCGGGUUUUCAGGCAAACAAUUGAAACGCAUCAAGGCCGUCAAGACCAUGGGGACUUCGGAAAACGAAAUCCUAGAUGUCUAUUGCAAGCAAAUCUCAAACCUCGGCUUUCCCCAGGAAGCAGCGGCCUUACUUAAAUAACUGCAUGGAAUUUUGAACAAUAAUCUACUAGUAUCUGGAAACCA